AGAAAAAAUCACACAAUAUAUUAAUUAAGUCCUAUAUUUCCCUUGCCGCAGGAAGGUCAACGAACUCCGAAUAAUUCUUGUACUCAUUGAUGUAUAGUUGAAUUAUUUAUCAGCAAAUCAAUUCAUACCCGCGAUAGAUAAAAAUGGCAACGGCCGGUACUUACAACGUAUAUAUAAAACGGCGCACGAGCACCUUGGAUCAUUAUUCAAAGCCCGAACGUAUUCUGCACACUCGGUCAAGUUUCGGCGCGUCCUCCUUUACUUACCAAAUAAUAUUUAAUUUAAAUAUAAAUACCAAUUCUUAUUUUCUAUAAUAUAACCAAGAAAAUUAAAAAAAAUCUACCUCAAGAUUUUUGCUUUUUUAUAUUUUAGUUUUAAAUUAAUAUUUUUUGUCCAAAAUGUAUUUCUAUUACUUUCUUAUUUUUCUUGCUAUAAACUUUUUAUCCAGCGCAAUCUUGCGCAUCUUUAUGUAUUCAACAUUAGUUUUUUGGAUAAUAUUUAAAACUGUCAGAUACUACAAAAGUCUUCCACCUGGGCCAUGGGGAAUACCGCUGCUGGGUAUACUGCCUUUCCUGAACCGCAGACCUCCUCAUCUAGUGUACUUGAACAUGGCUAAGAAGUAUGGAGAUGUCUUCUCCGUGCAGAUGGGUAGCAACCUGACCGUAUGCCUUGGUUCCACCAAACUGAUGAAGGAGUUCUUCAGUAGGAACGACUCCACCGGCCGACCUCACACUCCUUUGAACAACCUCUUGGGCGGACUAGGGGUUAUCACAAGCGAAGGUCCUCUAUGGAAAAGGCAGCGUGUGUUCCUCCACGAGAAAUUCCGCGCUCUCGGUGUCAAGCUCUGGCCAAACACACGCUUCGAAAGAGACAUAAACGUUGAAAUCGACGAGCUGAUGAUGGAACUAAACCAGUUUGAGGGAAAAGCUGUAAACCCAGCCCAUGUACUUGGAAGACAUAUUCAUAAUGUCAUAUGUCAGCUCAUGAUGAGCUUCCGUUUCACGGCUGAUGAUGCAGAAUUCAAGUUGUUUAAUGAAAAGGUCUCGCGUGGUAUGAGGCUGUUCGGCUUGGUACUCAUCGGCGAACAUGUUAAGGCCUACUUGAAACUACCAGGAAAGAUGGCUGUGAUAAAUGAAAUAAAAAAGAAUUUAGCCGAUGUGAGCAGUUUCCACAAGCAGCACAUUGUAUCGCGGAUCCAGCAACGUGAGCAGUCCUCGGAGCCCCGCCAGCCAGCAGACUUGCUGGACUUUUAUCUAGACCACCUCGAAGCUGAAAAACAGUCAAAGGGCAAAAACGAAAAGCAUGACAUAUUCCCUGAUGUUGAUCCUGUUCAACAAAUCGUACAGAUCAUGAAUGAUCUGUUUUCUGCGGGAAUGGAGACCUCCCUGACAUCAUUGUUAUGGACCUGCAUCAUGAUGAUGAAGCACCCAGAAGUUGCAGAAAAAGUGCGAGCUGACUUGAGAGAAGUCGUAGCACCUGGUGAACGAGUGACUAUGGCUCACCGCUUGCAACUGCCGUACAUCGAAGCGGUGCUCAUUGAAACAAUGAGAAUGGUGUCCAUCGUGCCACUGGGUACGACCCACGUCAAUACUGAGGACUGGACCAUUGGCAAAUACACCAUCCCAGCAGGUACACACAUCGUACCCCUGAUACACCGCAUGAACAUGGAUCCCGACAUCUAUAUGGAGCCGGAGCAGUUUAGGCCUGAAAGGUUUAUUCGUGAUGGUAAAUUUACCAUCACGGACACAUUCAUGCAAUUUGGUAUUGGACAACGCAUGUGUAUCGGAAACCUUCUGGCAAGGAUGGAGCUGUUCUUAUUUUUCAGUAACAUAAUGAAUAAUUAUGAAUUCCGCAUGCCAGAAGGUGAAGACAUUCCAGGUAUGGACGGAAUUCUAGGCGCUACACAUGCUCCAAUUCCAUACAAAUUAGUUUUUACAAAAUUGCAGGCCUAAAAUGUUCCACUAACGUUCUAAUUAGUUUUUUUAAAAAGGCCCAAUUCUAUCAUGCUAUCGUUCCAAUUUUACGUAUCCAAUCGUAAAAUUUUUUGCUUCAAUGUUUCUACUUAUUUAGGCAUUAUUAAUACUGAUUUUUAGCUUUGUAAUUUUAAGUUUACGCCUUUUAAGCGCUACUGGUGGUACCUUAUUAUUUUAUAUUUGAUGUUUUAGAUUAAGAUAUUUUGCUUUUUUGUUUUUCUAAUAAUAAGAUUGUUUUGUGCAUUUUUGCCAUUGUUACCAAUUUUUUUGGGUUAGCUAUGUAAGUUUCAUCCGCCUUCACAUUUUUACCUGUAUGUUCCAUGUAGAUGUAAGUCUUAGAUUUUAGAAAAUCAUUUAUAAGUUGGAUUAGAUCAUUAUUCACUGGCUUUACAACUUUCACCGCUUUGCUUCCUAGGAAAUUGUAUUGUUAGUAUCUUUAGCAGUAGUAUUGUUCAAUCGUGAACAAGGUUUAUAAGGGUUGUGUGUACUAUUGUACUCAAGUUGUAUCUAAGUUAGAAAACGCUUACAUUGUUAACUUCCUUGAAAAGGAAUCAAAUCUUAGUUAGGUAUUUAAGUAUAAAGUUUGUUCGGAGUGAGUUUUUUGACUUGUGAUUCAAAUAUCAAUUCAUUGUACCUAAUGUUAUUAUGUAUGUAAGUUUAAUUAGUUUUAUCGAUCUGUUUUGUUAAUUUAUACAUUGUUGUCCUUGAUUACAAGUAAAUAAAUGCUUCCUAUUUA